ACCAACGUUUUUCCCGUCUGUCGUCACUUGUUCUACAUUGCGCAUUUGUCCGGCAUAAGAUGGCGGCGGUCUGUAACGCAGUUUACUUCCUCACCAUCACCAAGAUAAGUCAGAUGUCCGAGAAUUGGAAUUUUUGAACUCAUUAAGAAGAUCUGAUGGGUUUUUGGUGUUCAUGAUGUGGGUAUCUACUUCAGACAGCAAAUCUAAAUCAGAGAUUAGAAUGGAACAAUUCCAAGGGCAAGACUCAACUCCACCGUCUGGGUCGAUUGAUAAAUCCAGGGUUUUGGAAAUAAGGCCAUUGCGGUGUUUAGUUCCAAUUUUCCCCUCUCAGCCAAAUUCUACUUCAUUCAAUACACCACAGGGUGCUGCCCCCUUUGUUUGCUCCAGUCCAUCUGGUCCUUUCCCUCCCGGGGCUGCACCGUUCUACCCAUUUUUUGGUGCACCCCCUGGACACAACCCGCAAACUCCACCUGGUCAAACUCCACCUUUUCGCUUCAACACACCAGUGUCGGAUGCAGUGCCCAUCACUUCUUUUCGUGCACCGUCUCCUCCAAGAGCUGGAGCCACUUCUUACCAUCAUUCAACAGCUGCAAAUGGAGGUACAACGCCAUCUAAGAGGGUUACCAGAAAAAGUGCUAAACCACAAACUCAAGAUGGUGCUGCAGGGGAAGCUGGGUAUGUUAAUUUUAGUAUGCCUGUUUCUGAUACAGAAGAUACUGGUAAUGAGAAGGGGUCAAGGACUAGGUCCCGGAAGAAGGGUUCUACGGAUCCAGAAGUGGAUAAUAUUCUCACAUCUUUGAAUAUCGUGAAAUUUGAUCAAGCUAGGCAAAAUGAUGGUGACAGGGACUCAAUUGAAUAUGUACUACUGAUAUUUGAUUUAAUACGAAGGAAGAUUGCACAGAUUGAGGACUCGAAGGGAUCAUCCCCUGGAGUAAUCAAACGACCUGACCUAAAAGCUGGUACAAUCUCUAUGACGAACAAUAUUCGGACAAAUGCUACGAAGAGAAUAGGAUCUGUUCCUGGAGUUGAAGUUGGGGAUAUUUUCUUUUUCAGGUUUGAGCUUUGCUUGGUGGGAUUGCAUGCACCAUCAAUGGGUGGAAUUGAUUAUCUUAAGGUGAAUCUAGAAGAAGAGCCUGUAGCUGUCAGCAUUGUUUCAUCUGGAGGAUACGAGGAUGACGUAGAAGAUGGGAAUGUAUUAAUAUACAGUGGUCAAGGUGGGAAUCUAAAUAUAGAUCAGAAGCUUGAAAAGGGUAAUCUUUCUUUGAAGAAAAGCUUGGACAGGGGUAAAGAAGUAAGAGUGAUCCGGGGUAUGAAGGAUGUAGCAAGUCCUGCUGGAAAAGUUUAUGUCUACGACGGUCUUUAUAAUGUUGAAGAAUCAUGGGUGGAAAAAGGAAAAGGUGGUUGCAAUGUGUUUAAGUUUAAACUACUUAGACUCCGUGGCCAACCUGAAGCGUUCACAACAUGGAAAUUGACUCAGCAAUGGAAAGAUGGCAUCAUUCCAAGAAUUGGGGUUAUAUUGCCUGAUCUUACUUCUGGGGCAGAGAGUUUACCUGUUUCCCUGGUAAAUGACGUUGACAGUGAGAAGGGCCCAGAAUACUUCACAUAUGUUUCCUCUAUCAAGUAUUCAAAAGAAGCCAAUUCAGCAGAUUCUUCUAGUGGCUGUGCCUGUGCUGGUGGUUGUCUGCCUGGUAAUCAGAACUGCUAUUGCAUUCAGAAAAAUGGUGGCUAUCUUCCAUAUAUUGCAAAUGGCGUUGUUGCAAACACAGGGAAAUUAAUUUAUGAGUGUGGACCUUCCUGUCUGUGCCCUCCUAAUUGCAAGAACCGAGCAUCCCAAGGAGGAUUGAAAGUUCGCUUAGAAGUUUUUAAAACUAAGGAUAAAGGUUGGGGUUUGCGAUCCUGGGACCCCAUCCGAGGUGGAGCUUAUAUAUGUGAAUAUGCUGGGGAAGCUUUUGUGUAUUCUAAGGUAGAGGCGCUACACAAUGACAUGGAUGAUUACCUUUUUGAUGCUACCCGCUCUUGUCCUCCAAUCCUGCCCAGUGAUCCCAAUGAGGCUCCAAAGAUGCCAUUUCCUUUAGCUAUCAGUGCAAAGAAUAUUGGGAAUGUAGCUCGUUUUAUGAACCACAGUUGCUCUCCGAAUGUAAUCUGGCAGCCGGUUUUACGCACAAACAAUAAGGAGUCUGAUCUCCAUGUUGUGUUUCUUGCCAUUAGACACAUCCCUCCCAUGACCGAGCUAACAUAUGAUUAUGGAAUGGUCCCACCUGAAAAAAUGGGAAGGCGGAAGAAACUUUGCUUAUGCGGGUCUUCAAAGUGCAGAGGAUUUUUCCAUUGAAGCUUUAUUUAUUGGAUAAUUUGGAUGUGGAUGAGCCUUAUAACUUGACCCUCAGAGCGAAGAUCCCUUCUCUAUCAAGAUCGUGUAGCAUUCAUUGACAUGCUGUGAAUUUAGUGCUACUGAACUUGUUACACAUUUAGACUAGCAUGUUCUGUGCUCUUGAAGAGGUCUGGGGCAUGACUAGAAGCUUGUCCAGGUGUAUGAACUUCUCAAAUGACUUUUGACACAUGUAUAUGGCUAGGAACACAGGUCAUAAUUGAUCCAGUGUCCGGGUCUUAUUCCGUUAAGCAAAGCAUGAUAUGCAGUGUUGGUGGCAUGUAAAUUUCACACGAGGACGUAUUUCUUAUUAUGUCAUCUUUUUCCUAUGAACAUUGACCUCUGUUGUAAUUUUGUUUUCAUAUUCUAGUUGCAGUUGGUGAUUUGAGAGGGUGGCAACACUUAUAAUGGCCUGAUAUAUAUAUUUCUCCCCAAAUCAGAAAUAGAAGGCUUUAGCCUUGGGACUUAAAAGACUAAUAAAAUAGUUAAGUUAAUCUGAGCAUUAUAAUUGAGGGAAACAUUCUCAGCUCUUGGCUGAUUUGGAGCCAAAUGAGAUCAACUACAUUAGUACUGGGUGGACCGGUGGAGGGUGAAAGUACUUAAUUUCACUUGGGUAUAUGAGUGUCCCCACCAAUCCAGAAGAGAAGGGUGACUUUUUCCUUGGUCAAUUAUAAAAGAGUUUAUUAUAUGACUGAGAUUCUGAGAAGCUUAAAUUCUGUAAAUAUUGGUCCGGCCAAGCUU